CCGAUUCCUCCAGUGGCGGUCUCAGGGGGAUGCGCCCAAUUCUGCCUCCGAGAUUAAGCAGUGGAACCGUUGAAUUGCCAGGGAAUCUUCCGCCUAGCUUCGGUGCCUGGACGAUCGAGUGGUAUAAGAACGAGAGCCCCCGGCCGUUCGUCUUUGCUGCUUGGCACAUCACAAUCAAGACUGGCUCUUGACGUUCCUUCUUUACUCUCACAUUCAUUCAUUCUUUUCAUCAGUCACUCUUUUAAUCGACCAGAUCGAUAUACAUUCUUUUCAAAAUGAGAAUCAGCAACUUGGUUAUCGCGGCCUCUGCUGCCGGCAUGGUUAACGCUCUUCCCAAGCGUGAGAUGAAGAAGCGUGCUUCCUCUGGCUUCACCUUCUUCGGUGUUAGUGAGUCUGGUGCCGAGUUUGGUUCCGGCGUUGGUACUCUGGGAACCACCUACACCUGGCCUACGACCAGCCAGAUCCAGAUCCUGAGAGAGGCGGGCAUGAACAUGUUCCGUAUUCCCUUCCUGAUGGAGCGUCUUACUCCCGACAGCAUCACCGGCUCGCUCGCUUCUGCCUACCUCAGUGACCUCAAAUCGACCGUCCAGUUCGUCACUGACAGCGGAGCUUACGCUGUCCUCGAUCCCCACAACUAUGGAAGAUAGUAGGUCGACCGGCAUUCUGUGCUAGGCGUGGCUAAUAAUCUACUAGCAAUGGAAACAUCAUCACUUCCACCUCUGAUUUCC